GUAAGACAUUAACAGACAUUAAUUCUGUAAAUCCAGAACCAUUGUGUCAGUAGUGUUUUAAUCAGGCAGUGUUAUGGAGUCCCAAACACGGGGUCCUUCACAAGCACAGAUUUCAACAUGGCGGCCUCCAUCGUGAAGCUGUUAGCACCUUGGACUCCGAGGUGGUGUCCGGUUCGGUGGACCAGGUAUAACCCGUAUUACCUCGAACCCGAACCUCAGAAGGACGUGUAUUGUGUCCCUGAGUCAGAGCUCAGCCCUGAGCAGAAGGAGCAGAAGGAGCUGAAGACACUGAGACCCAUUAAAGCAGCCAAGUCCAGUGACACCAGCUCACUGUUCCAUGACCCAGUAAUCAGCAAGUUUGUGAACAUGAUGAUGCAGGAUGGGAAGAAGGUCCUGGCACAAGGAAUCAUGACACAGACUCUGGAGACGAUCAAGAGGAGGCAGGUGGAGAAGUUCCACCGCGCUCCGGCGGCUGAGAAGGAGACGAUCGAGUGUAAUCCGUACGCCGUCUUCCACCAGGCCAUGGAGAACUGCAAACCCAUCAUCGGUCUGGUCAGCAUUCAGAAAGGAGGCAGGAACUAUCAGGUUCCUGUCCCUCUAACAGAUCAGCGUCGACGUUUCCUGGCCAUGAAGUGGAUGAUCACAGAGUGCAGAGACAACAAACACCGGCGCACACACAUGUACGAGAAACUCUCACAGGAGCUGCUUGCUGCUUUUAACAACGAGGGCAACGUCAUCAAACGCAAACAUGACUUACACAAGAUGGCUGAAGCUAACCGGGCGUACGCACACUACCGCUGGUGGUAACAAGGCGGCAUCUCACAGGCUUCCUGCAUCUCACUAGAGUUUAGGACAGGAUUGGAACACAGCCAUGGACUGGUUAUGUCGUGUCAGAUGUUUUUCCCAGUUACUCAGGAGCUGUGACAGAAAAUCUUACCUUGCAACAGCGACGUAUUCGGACUCGGUGAGAUUGAACCCGUGACUCUUCAGUUCUGUUUAAUGUAAAAAUGUGAACAUGAAUAUAUGAAAAUGUAGUGUGUGUUUUUUUCCCUAUUAUAACUGGUAAUAAAUUAUUAAAAAGC